AUGAAGGGUCAUCAAAAAAGAGGAAGACCCCCAGUGAGAUGGCUUCUGUUCCUCUCAGCCUGGGAGACUGGGAAAGGCCAGGUUCACUACUCGGUUCCGGAGGAAGCCAAGCACGGCACCUUCGUGGGCCGCAUCGCGCAGGACCUGGGGCUGGAGCUGGCGGAGCUGGUGCCGCGCCUGUUCCGGGUGCGGUCCAAAGGCCAUGGGGAGCUUCUAGAGGUGAAUCUUCAGAACGGCAUAUUGUUUGUGAAUUCUCGGAUCGACCGCGAGGAGUUGUGCGGGCGGAGCGCGGUAUGCAGCAUUCACCUUGAAGUGAUCGUGGAUAAACCGCUUCAGAUUUUCCAUGUGGAAGUGGAGGUGAAGGAUAUUAAUGAUAACCCGCCUACGUUCCCAGUAAAGGUACAAAAGCUGUUUAUUUCAGAAUCAAGAAUGCUAGAUUCACGAUUUCCACUAGAGGGAGCAUCCGAUGCAGAUAUUGGGGCUAACUCCGUUUUAACCUAUAAGCUUAGCUCCAGCGAUUACUUCACAUUAGAUGUGAAUUCAAAGAAUGAGGAGAAUAAACAGGUUGAGCUCGUAUUAAAGAAAUCCUUGGACAGAGAGGAAGCACCUGAACAUAAUUUAUUUCUGACUGCCGCUGACGGGGGCAAACCUGAGUUUACUGGCACUGUUCAGUUGCUGGUCACCGUAUUGGAUGUGAAUGAUAACGCUCCUAAUUUCGACCAGUCUGAAUACGAAGUAAGAAUAUUUGAAAACGCUGAAAAUGGAACAGUAGUUAUCAGACUUAAUGCUUCUGAUCGGGACGAAGGAGUAAAUAAGGAAAUUUUGUACUCGUUAAAUAGCCUUGUUUCAUCCAUGGUUUUUGCCCAAUUUAGUAUAGAUCCAAAUACGGGAGAAAUAACUAUUCAAAAGAAUCUUGAUUUUGAAAAAGUUAAUUCAUAUAAAAUCCGCGUUGAUGCCACAGACAAAGGCCACCCUCCUAUGGUGGGUCAUUGUACAAUUUUAGUAAAAAUCUUAGAUAUUAAUGAUAACGCUCCUCAGAUUACCUUGACUUCAUUGUCCCUCCCUGUCAGAGAGGAUGCUCCACUUGGUACUGUCAUCGCCCUGAUCACUGUGUUCGACCAAGAUGAUGGUGAAAAUGGGCAAGUGAUCUGCUCUUUGACGCCCCACGCUCCAUUGAAGUUGGUGUCCACCUUCAAGAAUCACUAUUCCCUGGUGCUAGACAGCAUACUGGACCGUGAGAGAGUGUCCGCCUAUGAGGUGAAGGUGACAGCGAGGGAUCUGGGUUUGCCUUCUCUGUCGGCCACAGCUAGCUUGUUCAUGGAAGUAGCCGACGUGAACGACAACGCGCCCACGUUCGCACAGCCAGAGUACACGGUGUUUGUGAAGGAGAACAAUCUUCCAGGCAGUCACAUCUUCACUGUGUCGGCACGCGACGCGGACGCGCAGGAGAACGCGCUGGUGUCCUACUCGCUGGUGGAGCGGCGGGUGGGCGAGCGCGCGCUGUCGAGCUACGUGUCGGUGCACGCCGAGAGCGGCAAGGUGUACGCGCUGCAGCCACUGGACCACGAGGAGCUGGAGCUGCUACAGCUCCAGGUGAGCGCGCGCGACGCAGGCUUCCCGCCUCUGGGCAGCAACGUAACUCUGCAUGUGUUCGUGCUGGAUGAGAACGACAAUGCGCCGGCGCUGCUGCCGCCUGGGUCUGGCGGCGCAGGCGGCGCAGUGAGUGAACUGGUGCCACGGUCGGUAGAUGCAGGUCACGUGGUGGCGAAGGUGCGCGCUGUGGACGCGGACUCGGGCUACAACGCGUGGCUGUCGUAUGAGUUGCAGCCGGCGGCGGGCGGUGCACGCAGCCCGUUCCGUGUGGGUCUGUAUACGGGCGAGGUGAGCACGACGCGGGCCCUAGACGAGGCGGAUGCGCUGCGCCAGCGCCUGCUGGUACUGGUGAAGGAUCACGGUGAGCCGCCGCUUACUACCACGGCCACUGUGCUAGUGUCGCUGGUGGAGAGCGGCCAAGCUCUGAAGACAUCGUCGCGGACGUCGUUGGGGACCGCGGGCCGGGAGGCGGCUCUGGUGGAUGUCAACGUGUAUCUGAUCAUCGCCAUCUGCGCUGUGUCCAGUCUGUUGGUGCUCACGCUGCUGCUGUACACGGCGCUGCGUUGCUCGGUGCCGCCUACAGAGGACGCAUGCGGGCCGGAGAAGCCUGCGCUGGUGUGCUCCAGUGCGGUGGGGAGCUGGUCAUACUCACAGCAAAGGCGGCAAAGGGUGUGCUCUGGGGAGGGGCCGCUCAAGACCGACCUUAUGGCCUUCAGCCCCAGCCUCCCACCGUGUCCAAGGUCAGAGGAUGUAAGUGAACAGCAGGAUUUAAACGCCAAAACUUGGGAAGCACUAAAACCUAGCGAAAAAAAACCCCGAGCAUUUGAGAUGUACUCAAGUAGAGGCGACUCAGGGGCCAGACAUCUGCUGCUCUCGCUUCUGCUUCUCGCUGUCUGGACGCUAGGGAAGGGCCAGGUUCGCUACUCAGUGCCCGAGGAAUCCAAACACGGCACCUUCGUGGGUCGUAUAGCGCAGGAUCUGGGGCUGGAGCUGGAGGAGCUUGUGCCGCGCCUGUUCCAGUUGGAUUCCAGAGGUUGCGGGGACCUUUUGGAGGUGAAUCUGCAGAACGGCAUUUUGUUCGUGAAUUCUCGGAUCGAUCGCGAGGAAUUGUGCGGGCGGAGCGCAGUGUGCAGUAUCCACCUGGAGGUGAUCGUGGACAAGCCGCUGCAGGUUUUCCAUGUGGAGGUGGAAGUGAAGGACAUUAAUGACAAUCCGCCUGUGUUCUCAGCGACACAAAAGAAUCUGUUUAUCACGGAAUCCAGGCUGCUUGACUCCCACUUUUCGCUAGAGGGCGCAUCCGAUGCAGAUAUUGGGGCCAACGCUCUGCUGACUUACAGACUGAGCUCUAAUGAGUAUUUCUCGCUGCAUGUUCCAGCCACUGACGAAGAGGCAAAACCUCUUGGACUUGUAUUAAAGAAGCUUUUAGAUAGGGAAGAAUCACCAGAGCUUCAUUUAUUGCUAGUGGCCACUGAUGGGGGUAAACCUGAGCUGACUGGAACGGUUCAGUUACUUAUCACAGUGCUUGACGCCAAUGACCACGCCCCAACUUUUGACAGAACACUCUAUAAAGUGAAAUUACUAGAAAAUAUUCCAAACGGAACAUUGGUGAUUAAACUUAAUGCCUCAGAUUUAGACGAAGGCUUGAAUGGAGAUAUCAUUUACUCAUUCACCAAUGAUGUUCCUCUAACUGUAAAAUCUAAAUUUCACAUAGACCCCACAAAUGGGGAAAUUACAGCCAUAGGACAUAUUGAUUUUGAAGACAGUAAAGCCUAUAAAAUGCGAAUCGAAGUUAUUGACAAAGGCUUACCACCACUGACUGGUCACUGUACAGUUCUGGUGGAUGUUGUAGAUGCUAACGACAAUGCUCCAGAGUUGAUUGUUAAAACGCUGUGGCUCCCUAUUAAAGAGGAUGCACCACUAGGCACUGUCAUCGCCUUGAUCAGCGUGACUGAUGGAGAUGCAAGUGUAAAUGGCCAGGUGACCUGUUCCCUGACACCUCGUGUUCCUUUCAAGUUGGUGUCCACCUUUAAGAAUUACUAUUCAUUGGUGCUGGACGGCACCCUGGAUCAUGAAGCCAUGUCAGAGUAUAGGUUGGUAGUGACAGCGCGGGAUGGGGGCACGCCUUCCCUAUCGACCACAGUCAGCUUGUCUGUGGUGGUGGCAGAUGUGAACGACAACGCUCCUGCGUUCGCACAGCCUGAGUACACAGUGUUUGUGAAGGAGAACAACCCUCCAGGCAGCCACAUCUUCACGGUGUCGGCGCGCGAUGCGGACGCGCAGGAGAACGCGCUGGUGUCCUACUCGCUGGUGGAGCGGCGGGUGGGCGAGCGAGCGCUAUCGAGCUACGUUUCGGUGCACGCGGAGAGCGGCAAGGUGUACGCACUGCAACCGCUGGACCACGAGGAGCUGGAGCUGCUGCAGUUCCAGGUGAGCGCGCGCGACGCGGGCUUCCCGCCUCUGGGCAGCAAUGUGACUCUGCAGGUGUUCGUGCUGGAUGAGAACGACAACGCGCCGGCAUUGCUGCCUUCUGGGUCUGGCGGCGCUGGCGGCGCAGUAAGCGAGCUUGUGCCACGGUCUGUGGGUGCGGGCCACGUGGUGGCGAAGGUGCGCGCGGUGGACGCUGACUCCGGCUACAAUGCCUGGUUAUCGUAUGAGCUGCAGUCAGCGGCGGGAGGUGUGCGUGUCCCGUUCCGCGUGGGUCUGUACACGGGCGAGGUGAGCACAACGCGUGCCCUGGAUGAGGCAGACACUCCGCGCCAACGACUGCUGGUGCUGGUGAAGGACCACGGCGAGCCGCCGCUGGCGGUCACGGCCACCGUACUGGUGUCGCUGGUGGAGAGUGGUCAGACGUCGAAGACGUCGUCGCGGGUGUCGUCGAGUGCCGGGGGCCCGGAGGCGGCGUUGGUGGAUGUCAACGUGUAUCUGAUCAUCGCCAUCUGCGCGGUGUCCAGCUUGUUGGUGCUCACGCUGUUGCUGUACACGGCGCUGCGGUGCUCGGCGCCGCCCCCAGAGGGCGCGUGCGGCCCGGGGAAGCCCAUGCUGGUGUGCUCCAGUGCGGUGGGGAGCUGGUCAUACUCACAGCAGAGGAGGCAGAGGGUGUGCUCUGGGGAGGGACCCAAGACUGACCUCAUGGCCUUCAGCCCCAGCCUCCCGCCCUGUCCUGGAUCUGCAGAUGGAAUAGUAGAUUCACCUUCCUCUAUGAACUCUUCUGGAGCCAAUUUUGAUCUUGAACAUCAUGAAAACAUGAAUGUGGUCAAUCUGAGGCCUUAG